CGCCGCGCCUCUGAUUUAACGACAUGACGCCGCUCGCCACUUUGUUAUUACUGAGCGUGUGCGGCGCGUUGGCGCAGUACGCGGAGGACCGCGCACCGCGUUACAUCGCUUCAGAGCAAAAGGUCACCUCCACACCUGUGCCUAUACUUAAACAGAUCAACAGGCACAACGAAGACGGUUCGUAUACAUAUGGAUAUGAAGCCGCCGAUGGGUCAUUCAAAAUCGAGACAAAGUCUGAAGCCGGUGAAGUUAAAGGCAAAUACGGAUACAAAGAUGAUACCGGCAAAUUCUUCUCCGGUGCCGCACCAUCUCCAGUAGACCAGGACAGUUUCUUCAGCCCGGAGCCCCAGCAGAGGCAGUACAAGCCCAAGCAGGAAUUCAGGCCGGCCCCUCAGCCGCAGCAGUUCGCCUCCAGGCCCCAGGAGUUGAACCCUCAGUUCGACCAGUCACCGGCUAGGUUCCCUUCACAGAACCAGGUCCCGCAACAACGACAGUCCUUCUCUAUGCUGGAUCAACUUCUGAAGGAAUACUCCUUACCUCAAGGAGGAUCAGCACCGCUCCAUGAUAUCAGCUUCGGGUCCUACUAGUUUUGGUGUUGUUUGUAAUGUAAAUAUUUAGUGUACUUUUUUAAUUAAAACCAAUUAAAAAAUCUUUUGGUUUUGUGUAAAUUCUACAAGUCUGCUCUAAUGUAGCAUUUUGUAAGAAAGCUAAGAAGUUAAAUGCUGUGAAAAUACUCAAUUAAACGUAAUCUAAAUUAGUAUAUAUGAAAUGAAGUUUCGGAUUUUUUUUGCAUUGUAUAUGUUAGAAAUAAAUAGACGAAUUAAAAGAACCUUUAACGGAUCUCAAUAGUAGUUGUAUAAUAAAAUAAAAUUGUCAAAAUAUUAGUUUCAAUUUAUUCAUUGUAUGAAAAAAAGCUGUAAUAUCUAGUUGCCAUUUUAACCCACGAAUAAACGUGAAAACACAUGUUAAAAUAAAUCUAUUUAUUUUAAA